AUGGACGAGUCUUCAACGUAUCUGCGGUCAGAGGAGACUGCGCCGUCGAAGUUACGCCUCAAGAGGGCAUCGUUUUCGUCACAGACCUCAUCGCACACACUUCAGUCGCUUGGGGGUCUACCGACGCGGCUGAAGAGUCCUCUCCUCGAACGCCACCGCUCACACAGCAUCACUACCAACGGGUCAGAGGCUGCCUCGGAGAUACUUGCGCCUGUGCCGCUGAGACAUCACGUCCUCCAAGUUUCCGAGAGCAGGCAUUGGCUCGGCUUUCCCCCACUACUAGAACCAUCAUCUCGUCCAGUGUCUCCUGUUUCUAAUGCAACUACACCCCCACGCCGAAGAAUUACCCAUCAGCGCACCUUCAGCACUGUUAUGGAAGACGAACGCUUGUCGGUCGCGUCGGUCUCGAGUAUUGGACAUGCACAUCAAUAUGCGGACAAAAAGGGGGAGGGAGAAGGAAGCAUGGGCAAAAGGUGGGUGCGUUGGAUGCACAAAGAGGGCAUGAAGUCUUGGUUCCUCCCUUGCUCGGUGGCUGCAUCGGCCUGGGUGAAGUGGGCGGUAGGCCUGGGGUCGUACUCGGGACAGGGCAAUCCACCAAUGUUUGGCGACUAUGAAGCGCAGAGACAUUGGAUGGAAUUGACUAUUCAUCUGCCCGUUCACCAGUGGUAUACGUAUGAACUCCAAUACUGGGGCCUCGAUUAUCCGCCAUUGACGGCAUACAUCUCGUGGUUAUGUGGAGUAGUUGGCUCGUGGAUUGAUCCGACGUGGUUCACUCUGGGAAAAUCGCGGGGGUACGAAGAUGCAGGCAGCAAAGCGUUCAUGCGCGCAUCCGUCCUCGCGCUUGACAUACUGGUCUACGUACCGGCAUUGGUACUUUUCACUCGCAUAUGGCAAGGUACGCGGUCAGCGCGGACACAGAACUUUGCCCUACUGCUAUUGCUGUUGCAACCAGCAUUGAUUCUCAUUGACUCCGGACAUUUCCAAUACAACUCUGUUAUGCUUGGUUUCACACUAUUUGCGCUGAACUUUUUUGCUACGGGCCGGGACCUGCUGGGUGCAGUCUGUUUCGUCUUCAGUCUAGGAUUCAAACAGAUGGCGUUGUACUACGCUCCGGCUAUUGGCUCGUACCUUCUGGGCAAGUGCUUCUACCUAGGUCCUGUUGAUGGGCCAAAGCUGUUCUUCCGUCUAGCCGCUGUUACAACUGCCACAUUCAUUGUGCUGUUCCUACCUUUUCUUCCACCAUUCGCUCCGCAUUCUGCCAUCUUGCAUCCAAUCGCACGCAUCUUCCCAUUCAGUCGGGGAUUGUUUGAAGACAAGGUUGCAAAUUUCUGGUGUGCGACGAACAUCAUGUUCAAGUGGAAGCUCUGGGCUUCUCCAGAUGUCCUGGUCAAGCUCUCUGCUGCACUCACAGCUGUUGGCUUCCUCCCGAGUGCUCUGGGUCUGAUGUACCAAGGAUACAAGUUGCAAGCCAGUCCUGGCGAGCGGCCUAAGGACCCGGCUCCAGCACCCAUAGUGUCCCUGCUGCCAUACGCGCUCCUUACCUCAUCCAUGUCGUUCUUUCUGUUCUCGUUUCAAGUGCAUGAGAAGACGAUUCUGUUACCUCUCCUCCCUAUGACACUCUUGGUAUCGGGCGCCGCACCAGACUCUUCUACGUUCGAACUGGGCGUGCUGGUGAAUAAUGUUGCGGUAUUCAGCAUGUGGCCAUUGCUCAAGAAAGAUGGUCUGGGCGUUCAGUACAUCGCUCUUUUACUGCUAUGGAAUAGACUCAUUGGAUACAACCCACUGCGGUACAGACCACAGAGCCUCCUGCAGCUCUUGUCCGUUGCCGUUUACUCAGCCUGUGCAUUUUUGCAUAUCCUGGAGCUCUUAGUGUCUCCACCGGCACGCUUCCCCGAUCUGUUUGCUGUGCUCAAUGUUCUCGUCAGCACACCCGUCUUCGCCCUAGCAUGGCUGUGGAGCAUCAAGCAUGGAGUGCAAACCGGAUGGGCUUUGGGCGGUCUGGGUCUGAAGACCAGUGAAAAGAAGUCCACGGAACAUGCCAAUGGUAACUCAGUGAAACCGCCAGUCGAUGUCGGCGCUCUCCCGACCAACGGCAUCGGUCGACGAGCAGGCCUCCGGACGCAGAGUUUGGGUUUUGCGCAGAGCAGACGGAGAGUGGUGCAUCGCAGUAGGGGAAGUGUUGAUCUGGGAUGA